UGCACCCGCCCUCACAAAGCAACAAAAGGCCGCGGCUUUCACUGAGAAGCAUCAACAGCAAUGUAAAAAAAGGGAAACGUGAAAUCCUACUGCUACUACCAGUCUACCAGCUUAAUAUCAGCUUGGUUAUCAUCUUCUUCUUUUUCAUCAUCUUCAACGGGAAGAUUUUAGUCGUCCAGGGUUUAGGUAUUCUCAUAAAGUUGAUUAGGUUUACCCAAAAGAAGAAUCGUUAACCUCGUAAAGAAGAUUAUCUCCGUAAGUAUACUAUUUUAUGUAAUUGAUUAAAUCUCAUCUAACUCCAUACUAGUAUUCAGAUCCCAUGAAGUAAAAAACCCCUUUGGUUACAUUUUUGUGCGUUGAAAUUGGAAAUGUAUCUAUUUAAACAUAGAAUUUCAACUGUUUGUGGAAAUGCCUAAGAGAAAACAAUGUCUGACAUUUCAAUUGUGACUUAGUUUUCUUUUAUUAAAAUACUCAUGUUUUGAUUUCUUUGUGUCAUUUUUUUUUCCUGUUGAAGGAUAAGCUUGCCGAAAGGCCCAAGACAUGAAUUGUUCAGUGGCAGCGUAGUUCUUCCUUUUUAUUUGUUUUUUUAACAAAAUCGAUACAAUGACAAUUAAAAGUAUGAACUGUAGGAAAAAUACCUUUUGCCUAUUGGUAUCAUUGAAGUUAAAGCCUAAAUUGAUUCAUGAAACAAUCCAGCUUCACCAUAAAGAAUGGCCAUUAUUGUUUAGCUUUAUAUGUUUCACAUUGAUUUUGUUUUCUCAAAUUGCGUUUGGUUUGGUAAAUUGGAUGAAAUUGUGGGUUUUAAGCUGCGAUUAUUACAACAAUUAUUUAUUUGAUUAUGUUGUUAUUAAAUAUGUGUACAGUUGUACCAUUAAUACUUAUGUGUAGGUUGAACAUAAUCCUAUGAUUCCAGCAUUAUGAAUAUAGCUGGGACUUGAGAAAACAGUUUUAUUGCGGAAGAAGAUGAAGUGAUGGUAUAAUAUCUAUGAUACCAAAAGACAUGGGGUAUACCACUUUGCCUCUGAAUGGAGUAUCCCGCGUGGAUGAAUAACAUAGUUUCUCUCCUUUGGUUCAGAAGGGGAGAAGUACAGUCGGCACGGGAGCAACAACAGGUUUCAUCAUCAGAAUAGGUCCUACUAUCUCAAGAAAAUGCAACAUUAUGGGGGUGGUACAUAUAAGCGUAAAAGGUUUACUGAGGAGGAAUUCCCAAGAGAGGCCACUUCUCCUAGUUAUGCUUCCUAUCUAGAGACACUUAUGCGUGAUAGUGCACCCCCACCAGCAGUUGGCACUUGUCCUCAACCAAGGAGGAAAGGGUUUGAUGAAGAACCUGCUUUAGCAAGAGACUCGAGUCAACAUGACAAGCCUUAUGGUGAUUCAUUCCAUGAGCUGGACAGACUGCAGGAAGCCAAGAAAUAUCAUGAGAUUGAUAAUUCUUAAGUAGUGGAUAAGUUGCAAGAUAGCUAUCACGGCACUGACAGCUGCUACGACCAUGGGUAUGACGGGACUGAGAGGCUUAGUGGAUGUAAUCGUGCUGAUUUUCCACCUGAUGAUUCUGAUUAUGACAGAGGUGGUAAGAGAGAUGAUAGUUGGAAAAGGUGUGAUUCCCGUGAACGUGAUAAAAAGAGUUUGAGUCGAGAGAGAGAUCAAUCUGAUUAUGACAGAGGUGAUAAGAGAGAUGAUAGUUGGAAAAGGCGUGAUUCCCGUGAACGUGAUAAAAAGAGUUUGAGUCGAGAGAGAGAUCAACCUGAUUAUGACAGAGGUGGUAAGAGAGAUGAUAGUUGGAAAAGGAGUCGAGAGAGAGAUCAAUCUGAUUAUGACAGAGGUGGUAAGAGAGAUGAUAGUUGGAAAAGGAGUCGAGAGAGAGAUCAAUCUGAUUAUGACAGAGGUGGUAAGAGAGAUGAUAGUUGGAAAAGGCAUGAUUCUCGUAAACGUGAUAAAAAGAGUUUGAGUCGAGAGAGAUAUCGAUCUGAUUAUGAUAGAGGUGGUAAGAAAGAUGAUAGUUGGAAAAGGUCUGAUUCCCGUGAACGUGAUAAAAAGAGUUUGAGUCGAGAGAGAUAUCAAUCUGAUUAUGACAGAGGUGGUAAGAGAGAUGAUAGUUGGAAAAGGCGUGAUUCCCGUCAACGUGAUAAAAAGAGUUUGAGUCGAGAGAGAGAUCAAAGUCCGCGAAGGAGAUGCCGACAUUCUUGUUCACGUGGAAAUGAUGAUCGUCAGAGAUCAAAGUCUCCUCGAGGUUACAGCCACCAUCGAAGUUACCUGGAGGACAGCUAUGAUGUAGGCCGGCACAGUAGUACUGGAAAGUUAAUGAACCGUGAUGACGGACGAAUUCAGGACCAUUCUAAAGUGGUUCCAUCUGUGACAGUUGUGGUGAAGGGUUUGCCAGAGAAGACAACCAAGGAAGAUCUUUAUCGGAUCCUGGAGGCAUGGGGACCGUUUUGUCGUCUCCGCGUUAUAAAACAACCAAACUCUUGUCUCUUCCAGUGGAUUUGUUGAUUUUUCUUCCAUGGUAACGGCUCGUAAGAUGGUGGAUGGAAUUGGAGAUGCUGGUCUUGUUGUUGAUGGGAGAAGUCUUCUAUUUCAGUUCAGGAUAAGGAAAAAGAGAGCCAAUCAAAACAUGAGAAGGAAAACAGAAGGAAGAAAAGAAUCAAAAAAGCCAUAGAAAGAGCUGUCCAGCAUGAACAAGAUGGAGAGGGAGGAGAAAAAAUACAUCAAAAUCAGAAAAAUCUGCCACAGCAGCAGAAACAAGCGCCACAACAACUACUUGAGGUUGAUGGUAUCCAGCCUGAGCCUUCUUCACAUGGUAUUUCUUCUUCUAUUCUUGAAAAAAGAAUAACUUGCUUCAAGGAACUGCAACAGCAGCAGAAACAACCGCAACUGAAACUACUUGAGGUUGAUGAAGUCCAGCAUUACCCUUCUUCACAUGAGAUUUCGUCUUCUAUUCGUUUAGAAAGAAUGACUUGCAUCAAGGAAGAUCAAUAUCCAAAAGCUAUUAAGGAAGCUAAUGAGAUUGGUGGUCCAGCUGUAGUGAUGAGGUUCUUGAAUGAUCCCAAGGUUUUACAGAAGUUGGGGGAUGGUAUGGGCUUUGGAACUUCAGGAGAUGUUGUCAAUCCAACUGAAUAUGGACUAUAUAGUGUACCAUAUGAUAAUGCAGAAGAUAAAUCUUCCAAAGAGGGCACAUCAAUUGUUCACCGGACUAGUGGUGUUGGUGACACUGAGAAGGAAAUGGAUAGGUUGCCGAAAGAAGAAAGGGUUACAGAAGAAAGGAAAAUGUCAAAGAAUCAAUGGAGCAAUAGGAGGAAAAAGCUCAAAAAAGCACAUGAAAGGAGGACUGCACUGGCUGCGCAAUUCCCUAUUGUAGAAGAACUUGAGAUUGGUAAUCUCCAGCAUGACUUUUCGGCAGAUCCUAUUUCUACCUCUAUCUCCGAAGAAGGUCUUGAAGAAUUAAUGUCUUGCGACAAGAAAGAUCCAUAUUUGAAACCUAUUGUAGAAGAUAUCGAGAUUGGUGGUCCAACAGUAAUGAUGAGGUACUUGAAUGAUCCUGAGGUUUUGCAGAAGUUGGGGCAGGCAAUGGGUUUUGGACUUUCAGGGGAAAUUGUAGAUGCAACUAAACAUAAUGCACCGGCUGAUUAUGCAAAAAGUAAAACUGCCAAAGAGAGUGAUUCGGUUGUCUUCGCUGGGAACAAGGGGAACCGCAGGCACAAUGAGGCUACUACAGCAAAACCAAUUAAUUUCUAUCGGUUUUGCUAUAACUGUUGUGAAGGGGGGCAUAAGACAUCGCAAUGCCCUAUAGAGAAGGUGCAAGCAGCAGACAAACGUGAUCAGACAAACACCUGGGUUUUGGAAUAGUGAUGUGCAUCCUCCUGGCCAGGUCAUAGUACCACAUGGAAUGAGGCUAUUGCAGCAGAACCAAUUUAUUUCUCUCGUAUUUGUUGCGUCUGUCGUGAAAGUGGGCAUUAGGCAUCGCAAUGCCCUAAAUAGAAGGUGCAAGCAGGAGACAGAUAUGAGCAACCAAACACUGAGGUUGGAAGCAGUAAUGUGCAGCCUCGUCCGUGGCCAGGUUCAACUUUUUGCUUUGCACCCAGUCAUGAGACUGAGAAUGCUACAUCAGGAGGUGUUAUUCAGGUGUUAUUCGGGAUCGAGAAAGAGCUUUGGUGAUUCCAGUUUCGGGUGGAUUUCAAUGGAUAUAUCUACACUUCUACCGUCUUAAUUUCUUUCUUGCAAGCUAUAGUUGUGAGACAGUUGAUAUUUAUUUUGGUAGUUUCUUAUUUUCAAAGGGGUUUGGAAACCCUUGGCGAAGUAAUUGUAUACUUGGAUCUUUUGUGUCAUCAAGAACCAUUUUAUUAAUCAUCUUUUAUAAGUAAAUCCAUUCCCUUCAGCA